AUUAUGGAGAACCAGAGUUUUAUUUCAGAUAUCCUAAUCCUGGAGGGGUUAAAGGUCACCCCUCAGUCUUCUAGCACUGCCUUCAUCCUCCUCCUCUUCGUCUACAUCUUCAUCAUGGUGUCUAACCUCGGCCUGGUGAUCCUGAUCUUCAGCAGCAGGAGCCUCCACCAGCCCAUGUACCUGCUGUUCUGCAACAUGAGUAUUAACGACGUGUUCGGAGCCACGAUAAUCAUCCCUCAUGUCCUCAGGGAUCUUUUGUUAUCAGACUCAGAGCGCUACAUUCAUUACAUCAGCUGUGUCACUCAGGCCUUCUGCGUUCACCUCCACGCCAGCACCUCCCACACGGUGCUCAUGAUCAUGGCCUUCGACCGGUACGUGGCCAUCUGCAGUCCGCUGCGUUACUCCACCAUCAUGACCAACAGGAUGGUGGUGAAGCUGUCGGUUGCCGCCUGGGGAACAGCCCUGGUGUUGGUGGCGAUCCUGCUGGGCCUCAGCAUCCGCCUGUCGCGCUGCAGGUCGGUUAUAUCCAACCCGUUCUGUGACAACGCCUCCUUGUUCAAGCUCUCCUGCGAGAGCCUCCUCAUCAACCAGGUGUACGGCCUCGGCUACACCGUGGUCCUGCUGGGCUCCUCCAUCGGCAGCGUCACGCUCACCUACCUGAAGAUCGCUGCGGUGUGUCUGAGCAGCAAGAACAAGGCGCUGAACAGCAAAGCUCUGCAGACCUGCGCCACACACCUGACUGUGUACGUUAUACUCCUGGUGUCGGCCUUCAUCAUCGUCAUCCUGCACCGUUUCCCUCAGCUGUCCGACCACAGGAAGGUGGCGUCAGUCCUGGGACACGUGGCCUUACCUGCUCUGAACGCUGUGAUCUACGGGCUGCAGAUCAAACAGGUCAGACAGAGGAUCACAGCCGUGUUCCACAGAAACAAAGUCGCUCUAAAGGAGGGAAACUGA